CCCUGUAGCUGGCUGUCCCUGGCCCACAACCGCAUCCAGGACAAGGGCGCCCGGAAGCUGGCCGAGGUCCUGCGCCCCUUCGAGCUGACGCACGCCGAGGUGGUGCAGCGCCGGCGCCUCCUGCUGGAGAAAGGGUCGCAGGAGCGAUCGCGAUCGCCCUCCAGCUCUCGACAUGGGGACUCCAAAACAGAACGUGAGAAGAAUCAGCUGAUGGGGGUCAGCAGUUUUGCACUGAUGGACAAGACAGACAAGACACAGACAACGAAGACCCCCAGGGGCCUGGGCAAGAAAAAGGAGAAGUCAGGGGAAGUGAUGAAGAAAGAGGAGAAGACAGGGUCUGGGCAGUCCCCCAUACAAGGAACCCCGAAGAAAGAAGACUCCACAAAGGCAGGCAAGGGGAAGGUAACCAUCCCUGAACAGAAAGUAAGCAAGGGAAAAGGACCCAAGACUGGGAGCAAAGAGAAGCGCAGCAUCCUCCAGGAAUCAGAGGUAGGCUGCAGGACAAGUGGGGUGGGGAGCACAUCCCCGGGGUCCAGGCAGCCCUGUACUGUGGCAGCAGCCACUUCAACUCACACGUGUCCUCACUCCUGCCCCCUCCCCAUCCCAACUUGGGCUUGCUGGGGGUAACAGAGCUCAGUGCCCUAUCCCCUACUAUUUCUCCUUGCAUAUUAGGAGCCCACACUUUCGAUCCUCUGCCACAACUGAGUCUGUUCCCCAAAAGGCCAUUGGUUCAUCACCACUGCAUCUACACUUGCUUGUACAGUUGCUCAGGGAAUAAAGCACAUUCUCCUGUCUCUUCUGACAGCUCCCCAGGAAGGUGGGGCAUUUUCACAGUCAUGGUACUGCCCCCACCC